AUGGCGGAUAUGGAAGCAGUUACUAUGCCCAAGAAGCAUAAAAAGAAAAAAGAGUCCAAGUCGUUACCACAAGAAGAUGUUGCGGAAAUCCAACACGUUGGAGAAUUUCUUAUCAAACCUGAAUCCAAAGUGGCUCAGCUGGACACGUCUCAGUGGCCCCUGUUGCUAAAGAAUUUUGAUAAGCUAAAUAUAAGGACGACACACUAUACGCCUCUUCCCUGUGGCUCAAAUCCUCUGAAGAGGGAGAUUGGCGAUUAUAUCAGGACAGGGUUCAUUAAUCUUGACAAGCCCUCUAACCCCUCUUCCCACGAGGUGGUAGCCUGGAUCCGACGAAUACUCCGGGUGGAGAAGACAGGACACAGUGGUACUCUGGACCCCAAAGUGACCGGCUGUUUAAUCGUGUGCAUAGAACGAGCCACCCGCUUGGUAAAAUCGCAGCAGAGUGCAGGCAAAGAGUAUGUGGGAAUUGUCCGGCUGCACAAUGCUAUUGAAGGGGGGACUCAGCUGGCUAGGGCCCUAGAAACUCUGACCGGCGCCUUAUUCCAGCGCCCCCCACUUAUCGCUGCAGUGAAGAGGCAACUCCGAGUGCGGACCAUCUACGAGAGCAAGAUGGUCGAGUAUGAUCCCGAAAGAAGAUUAGGAAUCUUUUGGGUGAGCUGUGAGGCCGGCACCUACAUUCGGACGCUGUGCGUGCACCUUGGUUUGUUGCUGGGAGUUGGCGGUCAGAUGCAGGAACUUCGGCGGAUUCGUUCCGGAGUCAUGAGCGAGAAGGACCACAUGGUGACAAUGCACGACGUGCUGGACGCCCAGUGGCUGUAUGAUAACCACAAGGACGAGAGUUACCUGCGGCGAGUGGUCUACCCUCUGGAAAAGCUGCUGACGUCUCAUAAACGGCUGGUUAUGAAAGACAGCGCAGUGAACGCCAUCUGCUAUGGGGCGAAGAUCAUGCUUCCGGGUGUGCUGCGAUAUGAGGACGGCAUUGAGGUCAACCAGGAGAUCGUGGUCAUCACCACCAAAGGGGAAGCCAUCUGCAUAGCUAUUGCGUUAAUGACCACAGCAGUGAUCUCUACCUGCGACCAUGGGAUUGUAGCCAAGAUCAAGAGAGUGAUCAUGGAAAGAGACACUUACCCUCGCAAGUGGGGUUUGGGUCCAAAGGCCAGUCAGAAGAAGCAGAUGAUCAAGCAGGGCCUUCUGGACAAGCACGGCAAGGCCACAGCCAGUACGCCCGCCGCCUGGACACAGGAGUACGUUGACUACAGCGAUGCUGUGAAGACAGAGGCGGUUGCUACACCGAUAAAGGCUCCGAUUAAGCGGAGUCGAGAGAGUGAGAGCGACGAGACCUCGCCAGAGCCAGAGUCCCCGGAGCCAGUCAAGGAGGAGAAGGAAAAGGAGAAGAAAAAGAAGAAGAAGAAGGAGAAGAAGGCCAAGGCCGCCGCGGAGGAUGCGGGCGAGCAGGCAGAUGGGGACAGUGAUGCCACCAAAAAGAAGAAGAAGAAAAAGAAAAUCAAAGUGGAAGUGGUUUCUGACUAG